GCCGGGGCGCGAGUGGGGAGCGCUGCGCGGAAUCCCCGCUGGCAUCCCCACCCUGGGGUGACUCAAUGCACACACGCCUCCCUGGAAGCACCAUGGCUGGGUUCUACGGGUGCCUGAAAAGUAAAGAUGACUAUAUAAUGGCUACGAGGCCCACAGAGGUCACACAGUCACCUGAAACUGGAGACACAGUCGAAGAGUGCACAGGAAAGAAAAAAUCCAAAUUUCAGACUUUCAAGAACUUCUUUGCCAAGAAGAAAAGGAAAGAACCUCCACCUCCCAGGGGAGAGAGUAAUUUAAAACCUUGCCAGUCCAGCAGCGAUGUCAGCAUCGCUGUGCUCAACACUGCUGCACUUCAUUCACCGAGGGAGGCUGGGCCCAAGGGUAGCAUGGGAAACAAAGCCUUGUCCCAUGACAGUGUCUUCAUUUUCGAGUCUGCACCAGGAAAUGUGACAGGUGAUGUCUUGUCUCAGGAAAACAUACCUGGAAGGGUGAAAACUUUACAGCUUCAGCUGCAGCAGAAUGUCAAACUUGGAUCACCUCCUCUUGUUAUAACUGGGAAAAAACUGGAAGAUGCAGGUGCUGUUUCUGAAGAUGAUGGUUUACCUAGAAGCCCUCCUGAAAUUUCUACCCUUCAUGAAGUUCUGACAGAUUCGCCAAACAAGUCCUCCAACCCUGUUCAGCGUCAUAGCUCUUUGAGUUUAGGCGGGACAGACAGUGAAGAUGAACAGAUACCUUCUGGAGCUUCCUCCAGGCCCAUCAGUCCUUUAUCCUCUGUCACUCAGGGGACCCCCAUCUCACGAGGCAGCAGCUUCCUUCCUGUUGAUUUUACCAUCCCUGCCAGUCCCCUUGGCUGCCUGGACACCUCAGCAGCCAGGCACAGGAUUGCCAUCAACCCUCGGAAACAGAGAGGCUUUACCAACAAGCAUCAGCUACCCCUCCAGGUGGAACAGCUGGAAAAUGAAACUUGUCUUCCUGCAACUCCAGAAAGGAAGGGAAAUUCAACAGAAUUACUUGAGAGUGACAAACAUAAAAGCGAUUGGGAAGGUAAAGAAGACACAGGAUUAUCAGCCCAGGUGGGACACUGUGCAAAGGGAGGUGGUUUUAAGGAGACACCAGGUGUAAAAACUCCCACUGGUGCUGCCCCUGACUCUUGUGAUUCCACACCUGUGGCAGAAGAUCCCUGUGCUUUGCUGCAAGAGGAUGGGUGCCUGCCUGGUGUGGGACAUCACAAAGGAGCCACACUUCUCCUGAGGCCUGAGCCUUCUCCAGUGAGCCUGCAAGAACACCACAGUGCAAGAGUGAUGUACCCUGCAGAUGUGUCUGCUAAGGAAUCAAAAAUACAUCCUCAAAGGACCAGUGCUGAAGUACCUGCACUUCCAGAGUUGCAGCAAGUUGAAGGAGAAGCUGCUGUGUCUCCAGACAUACCAGCAGCUGACUUGUUCAGCAGUGGUGUGGAAACAGUGGGCAUGGAUAUAUUGCCAGAUGUUGCACCAAGUUCCUCAGUAAAUUCUGUGGAUCCAAACAUUAAAGCCCAGGAGAAGGGGGAUCCACUGUUUAGUAGAAAAGAAGAACUCUGCUUUGGUGCUACAGGGAAUCACUCCAGCCAUGCUGUCUCAGAUACUGCACUGAGCACUCCACAAGCUGCAGUAGCUGCAGCAGCAGAGUCAUGUUCUGACAUCAAGACAGUGGCUGAUUUGAGGUCUGAAAGGAGUUCAGUAGCAAAAAAUGACAAAGAAACUUGUGAAAUUAUGGAAUUUCAGUUAUUCAAGGACAGUGUAGAAAAAAAAAUAGACACUGCAGCAUCUGUCUCAGAAGCAGUUUGUGUGGCACCUUGCAGUAAAUUGGAAGUAUGUUUUAAAGCAGAAAUUGUUCCUGUUUCAAAGGGUAACCAAGGCAGUCAACAGACCAACACAUCAUGCAUUUCUGAAAAACUUUCCAUUGGGUGUCUUGCCUCUUCAAGUUUGACUGGCUUGAAGAGUAAUAUAUCUUUUGAUGCUGACAGUAAGGAGUACCAGGUAAGCACUACAGCUUCUCACAGAAAAACAGCAGAAGGCAGUCAAUCAUCACAUGAAAAUGUAAAAAGUCCACUGAAGACUGCUUCUGCUAAACCAGUCAGAUUUACCAUUGCACCAGCAUGGCAAAGAUCUCUCUCAGGGGGUUCAAAUUCAAAGGAAGAUUCCUAUUCCAGAAGUUCUCCAACAUCCCCCAUAAGACCAGAGUUCUUUGAAGGAAUGACAAAAGAACCCACACGAUUUGAUGCAAUUAUGCAGGAAUCAGCAAAAACCAACUCAGAUAGAUUUGAUCGAGAUUGUAAGGACAGAGAUCUGCACUUGAAUUCUUUUAUGGAGUGGGCUGACCAUGAAACACAAAACUUUGAGAGCCCAUUUGGGGUCAGACUAAGAAGAACAUCAUCUUUACUAAAAUACCAGAAUGAAAGCCGUGUAGAGCCUCCAAAGCUGAUCCCCCCAGCUGCUCCAGCUGCUUCUUCUGCUUCAGUCAAGGAGGAUCAGAAAUUGAUGGGCACAGGGAAGCCACCUGCAAGCCUUCCUGUCAACACAAAAUCAGUUGUUAAAAAACCAGAUCUCCUAGAAGACAAAAAUCUUACCAAGGCAAGAUCAGAAGAAGUGGCAAAGAAGCAAAAUGGUUAUAAACCUUCAGAAAAAGUCUCUCCAUAUUUGGAAACUGCUUCCUCUGAACCAGCUUGGGUCUCCAUGGCAAAGCUGAAACAAAAGGGUUUCCAGGACCAUCCUCUUGCCAAAGAACAUAAAGAUGAAGACAAAGCUUUGACCAAAGUGGAUCAGGGGGAGGUAGAGUACCAGCCAGGGAUGUGUGCUAGUGAGGACACUCUGAAGAAGAACAUGCCUUCCAGCUCUCAGGACAGGAAAACACAAAUGAAGACUGGUGUGUCUGCAGCAGCAGGUAAAGUUGGACCAAUUUCUCAGGAAGCAUCUGUGGUUCCUGCUGUUGAAAAGGAAGCAAGGCACUCCUCUAACCUGCCAAUGACACCCUGCAGUCCUGCUGAACCACCCUGGCUGUCCCUGGCCAAGAAGAAAGCCAAAGCAUGGAGUGAAAUGCCCCAGAUUGUACAAUAGCAAAUGACAUGACCAUCCUUCUUUGCAUUGCCAAUAGCUGUGUUAACUCCACUUAAUCCCUUCUUUACUGUGACCAUUUUUUUUCUUUCAAGAAAUAAGAGCCUUAAAACUUUUGAUCAGACUGUUGUAUAUAAAGACAUAAUGAAGAAAUGCCAUUGUGGGCUUAAUCUGAUGUAUUAGGAAGCUGAGCAUUCCCUACUACCAGACACUAGGAAAAUUUGGUUCAUUUUUAUAUGCUUACACAUCUGAUGGUGAUAUUCUGAAAAGACAUGCUUCAGGCUUUUGAAACAUUUCUCUAGCAAAAUAUGUUUUUAAAGUCUCUUUUAAAGAAACUUGUUCUUUUAAAAAGACUGUACAGUGUUUUGUAGGGUUUGGCUUUGAGCUAAGAAAUUAACGUAUGCUUUAAAAUAUUCACAAUGCUGGGCACUGACGCACUGUGAGUCAUGGACCCUGAUGUCAUCACACUUCUUUCUCUAGAGCUCUGUGCUGGGCAGCCUGACUCUGCUUCAGAUUGUUAAUGAUCUGUUUUGUGACAGCUGCAAGAUCUAAACACACCUGAGUUGGAGUGGUUCUGGCUUUUGUGUGAUUUGAGGUCUCAGUGCUGUUGGUCUUGUGCUUGCUCACAGAUCCCCACUGGAAUGGCCCUGAGCUGCACACCCAUUCUCUCCCAUGCACUGGACAACCACCACACUGUAGCAUGUGUCUACUUUUUGUUAUACCUGUAGAAAUCUGGGUAAAUUAAACAUUCUACUAAAA